AUGAGCGCUGCUGCCAAGAUCACCAAGUAUUAUGUCGGCCCAUACCUAGAGUCUCUUCAUCCUCCGGGCUUAAAGCCCAACGAGGAGACCCUGAUGCCAUUCUUAAACGAAGUUGCUCGGCUUUGUUUUGAACUGGCCUUUGAGUUGUCAUUUCCGUGCCUAGAGCUGGACAGGCUGGCACAGGUCCUCAUCGAGCUCUUCAAACUUGGUCCACCCGCGUUUGGUAUCGAAGGAAAUGACCCGGACUUCAACAGCUUUCACAAGGGUGUCGGCGUCGAAGUUUUUGACCACUGGGUCCAUGACAGCGUACCGACCCUAGAACUGGGAAACUACAAGGACGACUGCAGAGCAGGUUUUUGCGCCGCCGUCAUGUUUGCAAAACUCUACCAAGGUGGCGCAUUACCUGAGGAUGGGGCGAAAUUCGCUGGAGUGGAAAUUCCCACUGGGCUAGGGCUACGUAAAUCAACCGCUGGGGGUCAAUACUCAGAAUACACUCUUUCUUUCGCGCAAGAGGUCGCUACGCAGUAUAUCCUCAUCUCGGGGGAGGCCCUUGCGAAGGAGGUGCGGUAUCCAACUGAGGGAAAGGACCGCGUUGUCAGUGAGAACGAUUGGAAAGCUUGGGCGAAUGGCUUCCGAAAACUUGCAGACGAGUCAGAUGGUGAGUUGAAAGAACAUGCGGAGGGAGCGUUUGCUUCCAGAAUUGUUCGACGAGGGGAAGCACGACGCCGGGUGAUUCCUUUCAUACACAGACUGAAACUGGACUCUUUCAACUUGAAUUCUUGCAGAGGUAACAUGUUCGCAUUAUGUUCAUAA